AUGGCCUCACUCUGCGCCGCUCUGCCUCGGAAUGUCACCUCGAGCGCGAUUGAUGUCGACAAACACGUGUUGGCAAAGAGAUCGGUCCCAUACGCCCUUCUCGUCAGAUUCGAUGCCGAAGACACGAUCGCCGGCUAUCCGAUCAAAUUUCAUUCGAGCUAUCAUCGAUACGAGUUCAUGGCCGUCUCAGAGCGAGGCUACCCCUUCCCUCGGACUGCCAAGCUCGACUUCACAGUCACAUCCGGUCAGGAGGCAAGAUACAGCCUUUACGAUCCGCCGCGACCGAACGACAUAUGGCUCAUAGUCAGCUGGGAAGAGAUCCCCGGCGGAUCGGCCGAGCAUCAUCUUACCUCGGUCUGUUGCAAAGGUCAAUUUGAGGCCCGCAUCGCUGUCAACACAAAGACAUACUCCCAACAGGUGCAGAAGGACCGAAGCAAGCUCGAGAUCAACUGCGGGGGAGAAUAUGCAACGGGCACCACGGAUAAAUACAGUUGCCGAUUUCUGCCCACUAGCUAUCAAGUACCAUGGCAGGAGAUCGACGUCACAGUCAUCGACGCAACCCGCUGA